AUAGAAUCAUAGUCAACACUUUUUGUUAAAUAUCUAUUCGCAUAACAAACAAAAUGUUGUCCAGAGCUACCAGAACAUACACCCCAUUGGUCUCUAAGAGAUUCCAACAUGCUUCUACCACCAGCACCACCAAGUCUACUUUCACAAACAAAUACAACUUCGACUUGAGCCCCCCACAAACUCACAAAUACUGGAACUUGUACAACUCCACCUUAGCAUUCGGUAUUGGGUUUGGUGUCUUUGCUACCAGUGACUACAUAUACGGAUCUUACUUUGAUGCUAUAAGUACUGAAUUCUCCCCAUUGCGUAGACCUUUGGACAACUCUGCACCAGUUAGAGACGGCAAGUUUGCUUAAUUCCCAGC